UCUUUUCUUUUCUCUUCCUUCCUUCCUUAUUUCGCCCGCAACUCAAUCCUUUCUAUUUUUUUUCUCUUCCUCUUUUUCUCUGUUAGGGUUUAAUUUUCUUUUCGUUUAUAUUUUUAAUAAUCAUAAAAAAGCUAUGCCGAAGAAGAGGAAAUCCGGUGCUACGCGCCUGGAUGAGGUGGAUCGGAGCACGUACACCACCUUCUGCAGCGCGGCUAACUCGCUUUCGCAGCUUUAUUCGCAGGCCAUGAACCAGCAGCGCCUCUCUUUCCAGGCCGGCGAACGUCACGCACUGGAAAAAAUUUUUCAAUGGAUUUUGAGGCAGCAAGAAGAAGGAUCAAGGGUGACAACAGCUGAUAUAGUUGCUUAUUUGCAGAAUGAUUUGGAAUAUGGAGCAGAGGAAUCUCCAAUGUCCCCCAGGCUCUCAUUUCAGUUCCAGCACCCUCAAACUGCUACACACCUGAACACGUUAAGUGCUCCUUUUUCUUCUACUCCAGUUUCGGCAGCAACAAUUGCGCAGGGAGUUCGUUCUGGGGAUUACCAGGCAAAGAACUCUGUAUUCUCAAAUGCACUAUCCGGUCCUAUUCGUCGGAGCCUUCAGCACUACCAUUCAGUUCAGGGUGGUUACCAUUCAAACAAUAUUGUGUCCUCUGCCAACGAACCUCGAAAUAAUGAGACCAAUUACGCUCACCUACAAAAUAGCGAAGCCAAUUCCCCAAGCGCUAAUGAUUGCAUGGAUAUGCAUGCUGAUAGUCCAGGCCAUGACUUUCCUCUCUGAAUUUCUCUCUGGUCUUUUAUUUUUUUUAUAGUUUUUUUUCUGGUAAAAUUUCUUACAAGGCUAGGAAACUCGAGAUUCUGUGCAAAUGUAUUGAAGUUCAAUGUUUAUGUAUUAUUUAUUGUAUUAUUAUAAAUGUCUAAGGUUUGCCUAGCUGGGGGACAUCUAGCAGGAAAAAACCGUUGAAGUUGUCACAAUAGCGUGUUAGGUUUACCAAGACUUGCAGUACCUUGUUUGUCCCGGCAACCCCAGUGGCUGAUGAACAACGUAAAGUUGUAAGAUACAAAGCAAGCACGAAUCCUUUAUGUUUGCUAACAGGAAUAUAUAACUUCAAAAGCCUGCAAGCAGCUCAUCUUCCCUUUAUUAGUUCAUAAAUCAUUUCUUUUUAUGUUAA